AUGCCGCAAGUUGUUGCUACACAAACUUAUUGUCUUGAAAAUUCAAAUAAAUUAACACGACCAGGUUUUGAAACAUUUUUGACUACUGAUGAUAGUCGGGGACCAACAGUUGUUGAUAAACGUCAAGUUAAACGUCUCUAUCGUUUACAACGCAAACCUAACACAAAUACUCGUCUACAUUUGGAUAAUUCAGAUGUUGGCUAUGAUACAGAAGGACAUUUCGAAAGUGUUGUACGUAAACAAAUAGAUGAAAGUUUUGUUCAACCACCUAAAAGAGUUUAUCAUCGACCAUUGGAUGUGUCAAAUAAAGCCUUGGCAAAACUUUCAUUGGGAAAAACUCGUCGUGAUCCUCAACAGAUUAUACCAAGUCAAAUUACAACAGUGCGUAGUCAUCCAGAAGCUAUUACUAUACUUCGACAUGAACAAGAUUCUGAUAAAGAAAUUGUACCUCGUUUUACAGAUCGACUAGUUUUAGAUCGAACUAUUCGUAGUCGAUUAGGUCCCGGUGGUACACUAAAUCCUGGAGAAGAUUGUAAACAAGCUGAAGAUUAUCUUCGAAAUCUUACAUCUAAUUCGAAACAACAACAAAGCUUAAAAACGAAUGAAUUACAUCGCAAUCAACUCGCUCAUCAUUUUAUGUGUACAUCCAUGCAACAAGCUGCUUUUGAUGAAAUACCAUGGGAUUCAAAACUACCACCAAAAUUGCCAGUACCAUUAACAACUUAUGAAGUUAAUGGUAGUGAUCCAUUAUUAAAAUCGAAAAGUCAUUCAUCAUUUCUUGAUUCACGUACAUGUAAUAUUCUUCAAUGGGAUCGUGUACAAUCACGAAAUAUUCAUUACAAUCAAAAACCUUUUAAUAAUGUUGAACCAUUACGACGUGCACAACAGAUACCUGGUUAUUCAGGUUCAAUUGGUGGUUAUAAUCUACAAGAUAUUGAUAAUCCAGAAAUUGAUUUUAAACCUUAUACAGUACUUCGUACUGAACAACCAAAAUUUUCACUCAAUCCUUUUAAAACAAAUAUUCCAUUUUAUACUGGAAAAACACAUUGGACUAAAGUUGAUCCUGUAUCUCAUUAUGAUGAAUUUGGUCACGCUUAUACAACAACAGCAGCAUUUCAUAAAUCAUUUCCUAUUGAUAAUUCAUUGUAUCAUCAUUCUGAUUUACAUGGACCAUUAUCACAAAUUGUAACAACUGUUAUACCACAAAAUCCAUUUAAUCAAAUGGAUAUUAGUAGUACAACAAUAAAUACAUCAAUAGAUAGUCGAUCACAUAUUUUAAUUCGACAAUUACCAAGAAAAUCAUUAAACGACAAUAAAAAAAAUGAAGAAAAAAUUGUUAAUAAUGAAGUUAACAAUUAA